AUGUCCUUGGAAGAUAAAUUUGAUUCAUUGUCUGUGUCGCAAGGUGCCUCGGACCAUAUUAAUAAUCAGCUCUUAGAGAAGUAUAGUCACAAAAUAAAAACUGAUGAAUUAUCAUUCAGCAGAGCGAAAACAUCAAAGGAUAAAGCAAAUAGGGCGACUGUGGAAAAUGUCUUAGAUCCGAGAACUAUGAGAUUUUUGAAGUCUAUGGUCACCAGAGGUGUGAUUGCAGAUUUGAACGGUUGCUUAAGUACUGGGAAAGAAGCUAAUGUUUACCACGCUUUUGCAGGUACCGGUAAGGCACCCGUAAUAGAUGAGGAAACAGGCCAGUAUGAAGUUUUAGAGACAGACGGAUCCCGUGCAGAAUAUGCCAUUAAGAUUUAUAAGACCUCUAUCCUAGUCUUCAAAGAUCGUGAAAGAUAUGUUGAUGGUGAAUUUAGAUUUAGAAAUUCCAGAUCUCAACAUAAUCCAAGGAAAAUGAUUAAAAUUUGGGCUGAAAAGGAAUUUAGGAACCUGAAAAGAAUUUAUCAAAGUGGCGUCAUUCCAGCUCCUAAGCCAAUAGAAGUUAAGAACAACGUCUUAGUUAUGGAAUUUUUAAGCCGAGGUAAUGGAUUUGCCUCACCUAAAUUAAAAGAUUAUCCGUACAAGAAUCGUGAUGAAAUUUUCCAUUAUUAUCACACAAUGGUGGCAUAUAUGAGAUUGCUGUACCAAGUUUGUCGCCUGGUUCAUGCCGAUUUGUCAGAGUAUAACACCAUAGUUCAUGAUGAUAAACUAUAUAUGAUCGAUGUUUCCCAAAGUGUGGAACCUGAACAUCCAAUGAGUUUAGAUUUUUUAAGGAUGGAUAUCAAAAACGUUAACCUUUAUUUCGAGAAGAUGGGUAUAAGUAUUUUCCCUGAAAGGGUUAUUUUUCAAUUUGUCAUAUCAGAAACUUUGGAGAAAUUUAAAGGUGAUUAUAACAAUAUUAGCGCCUUGGUUGCAUACAUUGCUAGUAAUCUACCAAUAAAAUCUACAGAACAAGAUGAGGCAGAAGAUGAAAUAUUCAGAUCGCUGCAUUUAGUUAGAUCAUUGGGUGGAUUAGAGGAAAGAGAUUUUGAUAGGUAUACUGAUGGUAAGUUUGACUUACUGAAAAGCUUGAUUGCCCAUGAUAAUGAACGCAAUUUUGCUGCUUCUGAGCAAUUUGAAUUUGAUAACGCUGACCACGAAUGUAGUUCUGGCACAGAGGAAUUCUCAGAUGAUGAAGAAGACGGCUCAAGCGGAUCUGAAGAAGAUGACGAGGAGGAGGGCGAGUACUAUGACGAUGAUGAACCAAAAGUUUUAAAGGGGAAGAAACAUGAGGACAAGGAUUUAAAAAAAUUGCGCAAGCAGGAAGCUAAAGAUGCAAAAAGAGAAAAAAGGAAAACAAAAGUCAAGAAGCACAUCAAGAAAAAAUUGGUGAAAAAAACGAAAUCAAAGAAAUAA